GGCAUUAUCAACUGUUACGGCCAAAAGAUAUUGCUCCGAAUGGCGUCAUUUUUACGCUUACCGGAACAUCGCAAUAUUUUACAACUUUUGCGUGUUUUCCAUCGUAGUAGCCAUGGACUUUAAUUCCACUUUCAAAAGUGAACACGACUUGGAUUAUUCUGGAAGUUCUAAUUUGGACCUCAGCAGUGAUCAAAAGCGAAGAAGUUCCUCCCGAUCGAUCAAACGCAAACGGUUCGACGACGAAAUAGUUGAAUACAGUCUAGGGCUACCCCAAGCGCAGAUUAAAGGCAACGUUGGACGCUCACGGACCCUUUCACAGUCACUUUCGUUCAGCAACCUGCCGGCAGUUCCAGGAGUUUCUGGAGCGCCCCAAAUAGCGCCACUGAUUUCCGUAUCACCGUCAAUCGUUACAGAACAGCCAGUUGUUGUUCCCGUGCCGCAGAUACCGUUGACGAUUGUUACUCCGCAAGCAAUGCCGCUUCCUCCGCCGGUGACUUCCAAUCCAGCAUCCAGUUUGCUCCAUCAGCUUAACUCCAAUGCUUCAGUAAACGACAAGAAAAAGGCUUUGAAAAACAGUAAGAAGAACAAGAAAAAGGGAAGCGGCCAGACGCUGGCAACCAAAGAUCUUGGCCGAUGGAAACCGAUAGAUGACCUUGCGCUGAUUACCGGAAUUUUACAAACCAAUGACCUCCGUAUGGUGCACAGGGGUACUAAAUUCUCCUGCAAAUUCACCAUCCAGGAAAUGCAAGCUCGUUGGUACUCCCUGCUAUACGAAGAGCCCAUUUCAAGGAUUGCGGUCACAGCCAUGCGAAAUCUUCAUCCGGAAGUGGUCGAAAGUGUUCAAAGUAAGGCGUUGUUCUCGGUCGCCGAAGAGGAACUCCUUGGGACAGUCAAGUCCAACUCAAACCCAACGCAAGAAACGUUUCAAGAGCUGCUGGACAAAAACUCCACCGUGUUGUAUCAAGCCCGCACGGCUAAGUCGCUGUACACUCAUUGGCAACUGAUGAAACAAUUCUCAUUAUUACCGGAUCAAUCGGUUCAAUCCUUACCAAAGAGUGACAAUAUUCUAUCCUUUUCGGAUGCAGAAGAUCUUAUAAACGAUUCUGAACUGAUGGAUCACAAAGAUGAUACCUUGGAGAUUGAGCUGGCUCUCGCUGAUCGUAAAAGUAAGAAAGAGAUACGCAGUUUAGAAAACGAGCUGUCCCGGUGGAAUGUGCUCGUCGAUUCGUUAACUGGAAUUGGAUUCUCGCCAGAAUUUGACAAUCAAACUCUGGCGGUUUUGCGAGGAAGGUUAGUGCGGUUUUUAAUGCGUUCUCGGGAAAUCGUGUUUGGUCGAUCUACGAAAGAUGCAGUUGUGGAUGUAGACUUUUCAUUAGAAGGACCGGCAUAUAAAGUUUCCCGUAAGCAGGGUACAAUCAAGCUUCGAAGCAACGGGGAUUUCUUCAUAACAAACGAAGGGAAGCGACCGCUCUACAUCGAUGGUACUGCUCUGUUAUACGGUAACAAGACCAGGUUGAAUAAUAAUUGCGUUAUUGAGAUAUCAAACUUGCGGUUCAUCUUUCUGAUGAACUACGAUUUGAUCAAUGCAAUUCGACAUGAAAGUGCUAAGAUGAACAUCCCUUUGAACUAAUAAUGGAAUCUUCUCAAAAAUAUAAUAUUGCGUUGCUGACAGUAAUAUUUCUUUCACAAAUAAACAAUCGUGAAUAAUCUAUAAUAAUAAUAAUAGGUCCUACUGAAAUAAAAAUAUUGUAUAGGAAAUA